AUGCCUCCUGCUGCCAAAGGCGCGCGUGCGCCGAGUCUUUCGGACCGCCCGCUCUCUGGACUGUUUGCGGUAGCGAAACCGAGUGGGCCGACGUCGAUGGACCUGCUCGACCAGCUAAAGCCGCUCCUGGCGAGCUCCUCGCUCUUUUACGCGCCGGAUGCCCCUGCGCCUUUUUCCGGCUCGGCGAAAAAGGCCAAGCGUCUGAAGCCGUGGGAGCGGGCUCUGAUGGAGCGGUGCGGGCGCCUGCCGCCCAAGAUCGGACAGGGCGGCACGCUCGAUCCGCUCGCAGAAGGUGUGCUCGUGAUUGGCGUCGGCGCGGCUACCAAAGAGCUGCAGCAGUUUCUGCACUGCACCAAAGAGUACCGCACCACUGGCCUACUCGGCGCAGCGACCAGCUCGUACGACUGCAAGGACCCGGUCGUGCGCCGUGCGCCGUCCGCGCACGUCACCGAAGCGCUGCUGCGUGAAAAGUUGCCGCUCUUUACGGGCAAGGUGCAGCAGAUUCCGCCGCUGUACAGUGCGCUGCGCAUGGACGGCAAGCGCCUCUUUGAGUACGCGCGCGAAGGCAUUCCGCUGCCCCGACCGAUCGAGGCACGCGACGUGUCGGUCGACGAGCUGCGCCUCGUCGAGUGGCUGCCGAGCGGCUCGCAUUCGUACCGCGCGCCGGACGAGGAGGUGUCGGAGGAGGACAAGCAAGUCUUUGGGCGUAUGCGUGCAAUGGCUGGCCGCGAGCAUGCGUUUGACACGACGCGCCCUGGCGAGGCGACGAACGAUACCCAAACAGGACCCGAGGCACGAGGCACCGCUUCGGCAGAGGUCUCGAGCGGAGAAGAGCAGAGCAGCACGGCCGAGGGCGAGCCGCGUGCCGAGGGCGAGCCGCGUGUCGAGGGCGCUGCCCCCCCUUCGGACGCUCCCGAGGUGCCGGCCGACGCGACGUCCGCUGCCGACGCCCCUGCUGCCUUUUCGCUCGAAAUGACUGUAUCCUCUGGCACGUACGUGCGCUCGAUUGUGCACGACCUCGGCGCCGCGUGCAACAGUGCGGCGCAUGUCGUGCGCCUGAUCCGCACACGCCAGGGACAGUUUUCGCUUGGCCACGGCCUCGGCGACGGCGCGUCGGUCGACGACAGCCAGGUCGCGAUCCCUGGCGACUGUAUCCCGUGGAGCGUCUUUGAGCGCGGCCUUGCGGAGCUUGCGGCGGAGCGCAGCGGUGCGCCCGACGCGCCGAGCACGCGCGACGCCGACGGCCUCCGGGAGUGGGAGCGUAUUCUCCUCGCUCGGAUCCAAGUUGUAUAA